AUGGCUGCCCGGCCCCUGACGAACGGCCGCACCAACGGCUCCGCCCAUCCUCAGAACCAAUACCACGACGCGGCCGAAGAACGACGACGUGAACAUCAUGAAGCGGAUAUUGUGAUCAUCGGCGCCGGAAUCGCUGGCUGUGCACUUGCUGUCGCGCUCGGAAACCAAGGGAGAAGCGUCCUGCUCCUGGAGCGCUCGCUCAAAGAGCCCGAUCGGAUCGUCGGCGAACUCCUGCAGCCCGAUGGCGUGUUAGCGCUGGAGAAAUUGGGACUGAGGCACUGCUUGGAAGGCAUUGAUGCGAUUAGAGUGCUGGGCUAUAACGUGGUAUAUCAUGGAGACCCAGUACGGAUCCCCUAUCCGCAAGACGCGAACGAUAAGCAGUUUGAGGGGCGGUGUUUCCAUCAUGGCCGGCUUAUCGUGAACCUCCGCAGGGCAGCGCAGUCAACGCCGAAUGUCACUGUGGUAGAAACGAAAGCUGUCUCGCUGGUGAAAUCGACGCACGGUGACCAGGUUUUGGGCGUGCAGUGCGUCACGAAUGGAGAGAAAGACUUCUUUUUCGCGCCGCUGACUGUGGUGGCGGAUGGAUACGCUUCGAUCUUCAGGAAGGAAUAUCUACCACACACUCCACGGGUAAAAUCGAAGUUUUGGGGACUUGAAUUAAUCGACGCAGAGUUCCCCGUGCCACAUUAUGGGCACGUUAUUCUAGGCGACAUUCCUCCCGUCCUCAUUUACCAGAUCGGAACCCAUGAGACCCGGGCGCUGGUCGACAUUCCAGAAAACCUCCCUUCGGCAUCCGUACAAAACGGUGGAGUCAAAGGCUAUCUGCGAAAUGUAGUCCUACCCUCUUUACCCAAGAGCUUCCAGCCCGCCUUCUCCGCAGCCAUCGACAAGGGCGGCUUCCGAUCUAUGCCCAAUUCCUUCCUCCCUCCCGCAACGAACAAGACACCCGGUCUCAUGUUCUUGGGAGAUUCACUCAAUAUGCGUCACCCUUUAACGGGUGGGGGUAUGACCGUUGCCUUCAACGAUGUAGUCGCCCUCCGAGAUCUGCUCAGUCCUGAGAACAUUGCAGACUUUUCCGAUACGCGACUUGUUCUGAAACAACUGUCCAAGUUUCACUGGAAGCGAAAGGAGUCUUCGUCUGUUAUAAACAUUUUAGCGCAGGCUUUAUACAGCCUCUUCGCUGCAGAUAAUCCACACCUCAAAGUCCUUCAGCGCGGUUGCUUCCGCUAUUUCCAACUCGGCAUGAUCGAUGGCCCCGUUAGCCUCUUGGCCGGAUUGGUUCGUCGACCUCUUGUUCUUUUCCGCCAUUUUUACACCGUCGCGUUUCUCUCGAUAUGGUUGCUCCUGCGCAGUGCGCCACCGUAUAUGCUUCCCUUCACGAUCCUGCAAUGCUUUAUCGUUUUCUUUACCGCGUGUCAAGUCAUUCUCCCGUUUAUUUUAGCAGAGUUGAGAACGUGA